AUGAAGAUUCAUUCGACAAUCGAAGAGUUCAUCCUUAAUGAUGUUUCAAAUUUCCUUUCUUUUCUUUUUUUAAUCAUCUUAACUUAUGUAGUACAAUUCUAUUUUCGAUAUUUUACUAGAAAAGAUAAAAUUCCGGGUCCAAUACCUUUUCCAUUGAUAGGAAACAUCGAAACAUAUCGUCCGAAUUCAUCGCAAUGGGCAAAUGAAUUGCGCAAAUCUUAUGGUGAUAUUUUCGAAGUAUAUUCGGGUGGAUUGCUUUCUUUAACCAGACAAAUUUGGAUUUCGAAUGCCAAUCUUACCAAUAAAUUACUUAAUCCUUCACUUACACAAAAUAAUUUUCCUUAUCGAACGACCGAGAAUGAAGGAUUAGAUAGAAUGGAUAUGACGAACAAAGGAAUUGUAUUUAAUCGAAAUGUAAAAACUUGGCUAUAUAAUAGAAAAAUUGUGUCGCGAGCGUUAAUGUCUCCAAAAUUUUUAAAGAAAGCUGUAAAGAAUACCGAAGAAUUAUUUUGUGAGAUGGAAAAAUAUUGGGAAAAAAUCGGAUAUCAAAAUAAAUUGAACUUGGCAAGUUGGAUGAUGAGAUUUAUGACCGAUUCCGUUUUUAUUCUAAUUACACAUACCAAAUCUUACGCUUUAUUUAAUUAUUUUAACACUUUAAAUAUUUUGAAUGAUGAUGAUGAAAAAGAAUGUAAAAUUGACAUUAUAAAAGAGUCGGAAAAAUUUGUAAAUUAUAUUAGAUUGCAUUUUGUUGCUUGCCUUUUCUUUAAAGAUACCCCAAAAUUUUUAAGGAAAAUCCUUCCAGCUAAUAGGAAAAAAUCCAAAGAAUUAUUGGAAGUCGUUGCUUGGUUAAAUAAUAAAGUGUUAGAAUUAAUUAGAGAAAGGAAGAGAGUAAUUGAAAAUGCUAAAUCAGAUGAAGAAUUAAGUGCCGACAUGUUAACUUUACUUUUAACGAUUAACAAAAAUCUCGAUCCUAAUUUUUCACAAACAACUGAAGAGGAUGUCAUGCCGAUGAGCGAAGUCGAUGUUCGAGAGAACGUUUAUGAGAUAAUUGGAGGUGGGAUUGAUACGACAUCAAACACGUUUUGUUAUGUGAUUUAUUAUCUUACCCACUAUCCUGAAGUAAAACGGAAAAUGUUACAAGAAAUCGAACAUGUCUUUGGAAAAGAUAUGAAUCACGAACUUACAUAUGAAUCCAUCAACAGGCUGAAUUAUUGCGAAGCAAUCAUUAAAGAAGUUUCACGUUUAAUGCCGACGGUUUCUGUCUUGUUUCGCGUAUCAGCAAAUCCCGAUGAAAUCGCUGGUUAUAAAUUCUCGGCAAACACACAAUUUAUGAUCAAUGUUCCGGCUGUACAAAUGCAUCCCUCUCAUUGGCAACAACCUGAAAUAUUUGAUCCUGAUCGUUUUAUGGGUAAGGAACAAUCAGUUACAAAGAAUGCACUGCUCUAUUUUGGCGGCGGUGCAAGAAUUUGCUUGGGUAAACAAUUGGCAAUUUUACAAUUGAAAGCAUUGAUGGUUUUGUUGUAUAGAAAAUAUGAUGUGGAAUUGGUGGAUAUGGUUGGAGAUAUAAAAUAUUCUUCAACGACCGUGAAUCAUUGUGAAGAAUUGAUGGUGAAAGUAAAACUAAAUAAUUCCGUUUAA